AUGGCAGAAGAGCAGAAUGGAUCUGCAGCUUGGCCUGUCGCCGAUGCUGCUUUAACCCAAGAGUUGUUGGAUAUCGUGCAACAAGCCAGCCAUGCCAGACAAUUGAAGAAGGGCGCCAACGAGGCUACGAAGACCUUGAACAGAGGUAUAUCCGAAAUUAUUAUCCUUGCAGCCGAUACUGCCCCUCUCGCCAUUCUGCUACAUCUCCCUCUCUUGUGCGAAGACAAGAACGUUCCAUACGUCUACGUACCUAGCAAAACUUCUCUUGGCCGCGCCUGUGGAGUCAGCCGUGCCGUGAUUGCCGCCAGCAUUACCACCAACGAGGCCUCCGACCUGAUGAACCAGAUCAGAAGCUUGAAGGACAAGGUUGAGAGACUCAUGAUCUGA